CCAUGUCCAGCAUGCCCGACAAGCGAAAACCGACCGGUUCGGUAUCUGGCUCGUCGCCGUAUGCAAAGCGUUCCCGCUCCUCUUAUGCCGACGAGGGCGAGGGCGACAUGCCACCCGCCGUGACUCCGUACGAGCGCCCGCGCAACCACCCAGUAUACGGGCAGAAGAGCGCUUUUCCAGGCCUCGAUACCGCCGGAGAUGAUGAACUAUUCUACGGUCCCGCAGAAGAUGGCAUGGAGUAUCUUCGCAUGGUUCGAUCCGAAGCCAACUCCUUGCCUUUUCUCUUUACCGCCCCUCAGGCUGAAGAAUCGACGGUCGAACCAACGGUAACGAACGACGAAACCGAAGAACCUAAGGAGAACGCGGAAGUAGUGGAGAAAAAAGAAACUGUCGUCGAAGGUGUUUACGCUGAUGGCGUCUAUGCCGCAUCCGCAGCGAUCACGACGGGCGCGACAGGUCGCUCAGAUAUUGCCCAGACGACCUACUCGGAUGCGCAGGCCACCUAUUACAACCUCCUUCACCAUCGGUUCCUACUCCUUCGGUCAAUAUUAAAAUGCUCGCCCCCGUCGACCGCCAUCGCCGCGUUGGAUGAUUCUCACCCUAUCAGUCUGCCGCGACACUCGAAGACCGCGUGCAAGGAAUGGCGACGACUGCUGCUUGCAGUAGACCCGCAGACGGUGCAAUUGGCGUGCAUGGAUAUGGACAGUGUCCUAGGGGUGCUGGGGAUCAUGGCGCGUCUGAUGUCGGAAAACGUACGAAGCGGCGAUGCGGAGCGCAUCCGGCGGAUCGGGGCAUGGGCCUGGGGUUUGCUGAGCAAAUGUCGAGAUGUCGGACAGCUGGGGACCGAGGAAGUGGGCGAGAUUCGCGAACUGGGAAAGCGCGCCGUGAAGAUUUUGCGGAAGAUGAAGGAGGAGGACGAGAAGAACAAUCAAUCCCUUGCUGAGGGUGGAGACGCAUCCGACAAAGAGUCCGACGAGGAUGAGCAAGCGGACGAUCAAGGUCACGCAGAAGGACCUGAGAACCAGCCCAACGCUGCUAGCGAUCCUGCGGAGGCUCCUGAUCAAGACAUGCUCGAUGCGGAGAAAGAGCCAUCUACGGACAAACUAGAACAGGCGAAAGCCCGGCUUCAAGCGAAGAUUCAAAGCGACGAGAACGAACCGCAGACGAAUGAACCCGAGGCCCCAGAACCAGAACCAAGCGCCGAAGAUCUUGCCGUCGAAGCAUCCAUGCAGACUCGCGCCAUGCUGGACAUGAUCAUCACCGUGAUAGGCGAAUACUACGGACAGCGAGAUCUGCUGGAGGCACGGGAGCUAUGGACGGGGCCACCGGAGGAAGAUUUGGUUGCAUAG